AUGGAGUCUCCAUCGCCUAAGGGGCCUCACUACAAGUCAGCUUUCUUGGAAAGAGAGCCGCCUGCUCCUGCCGUCCUCAAACACCCGCCAUCGCUUCGCUUCCGUCUCUGCUUCCCCCAAGUAGAUUCUCGGACGAGGUGGCCCUGUCUCAAAGUUUUCCCGAGGAGAAAAGCUGCACAGUUCAGCAGCCCAGCGAUCCUCAAAGAGCAGCGUAGGUCCUGCCAUCAGAUCCAUUACAGUCUGGGGGAGGGGGUCGCCGGGACAAACUCCGGGAGCGCUGCGCACGCUGCGGCCCCCUGUCCAUGUCCGGGGAGGCCCAAGCCGCGCUGUCCGCAGAGAAGAGACCCCCGGCUUGCUACAGUUGCUGUACCCUCACUCUACCGAACCUCUCUGCCUCAACCGUGGAAAGGCCAGCGACUAGAGGUCUGGUGGAACCGGGACCCUGGCGCGUCGGUGCUUGGCAUGUACGCGGCAGCUGGGCCCUACGCGGGCGCACCCAACUACAGCGCCUUUCUGCCCUACGCCGCCGAUCUCAGCCUCUUCUCGCAGAUGGGCUCGCAGUAUGAACUCAAGGACAAUCCCGGGGUUCACCCCGCCACCUUCGCGGCCCACACAGCACCGGCAUAUUACCCCUAUGGCCAGUUUCAGUACGGGGACCCGGGGCGACCCAAGAACGCCACUCGUGAGAGCACCAGCACGCUCAAGGCCUGGCUCAAUGAGCACCGCAAGAACCCCUACCCCACGAAGGGUGAGAAGAUCAUGCUGGCCAUCAUCACCAAGAUGACCCUGACGCAGGUCUCCACCUGGUUCGCCAACGCGCGCCGGCGCCUUAAGAAGGAGAACAAGGUGACGUGGGGUGCCCGCAGCAAGGAUCAGGAAGACGGUGCCCUCUUUGGCAGCGACACAGAGGGCGACCCCGAGAAGGCCGAAGACGACGAGGAAAUUGAUCUGGAGAGCAUCGACAUCGACAAGAUCGACGAACAUGAUGGCGACCAAAGCAACGAGGACGACGAGGACAAGGCCGAGGCACCGCGCGCUGCCGCCGCCGCUGUCCCGCUCCCCCGGGGCCAGGGCUCGCCUCUGGCGGUCACCGACGCGCUCAAGCCUCAGGACUCGCCCCUGGGCCUGGCCAAGGAGGCCCCAGAACCCUGCAGCACGCGUCUGUUGAGCCCUGGCGCAGCGGCCAGCGGCCUUCAGGGCACGCAGCACAGCAAGCCCAAGAUCUGGUCGCUGGCUGAGACGGCCACCAGCCCCGACGGCGCGCCCAAGGCCUCCCCACCGCCGCCCUCAGGCCACCCUGGCGCGCACGGGCCCCAGGCAGGCGCGCCUUUGCAGCACCCCGCCUUCCUGCCUAGCCACGGACUGUACACCUGCCACAUCGGCAAGUUCUCCAACUGGACCAACGGCGCCUUCCUGGCUCAGGGUUCGCUGCUCAACAUGCGCUCCUUCCUGGGCGUCGGCGCGCCCCACGCCGCACCCCACGGUUCGCACCUGCCGGCGCCGCCGCCACCACCGCAGCCACCGGUCGCAGUGGCCGCGGGGGCCCUGCAUGGUGACAAGGCCUCAGCCCGCAGCAGCCCCGCGCUCCCAGAAAGAGACCAUGUCCCCAGGGCAGACUCUCCAGCCCAGCAACUUAAGUCACCAUUCCAGCCGGUACGCGACAACUCGCUGGCCCCGCAGGAGGGAACGCCGCGGAUCCUAGCAGCCCUCCCGUCCGCCUGAUUAAGGGUCCUCUUUUACUUUUGCGGGGGAGGGGGGAGGGAAGGGGGGGUCUGGGGAGGGAGGGGAUAAGGGAGGAAUUAAGACAAAUAUUUCCGACUGGUGUAAAGGACAAAUAUGGCCACGACGUCAACGACUCCCAUCCAUUGCUUUCUGCAGAAAGGGGUUCGUCCAGACCGAGCUCAGUCCCCAAGGCCCUGGCCUGGACUUGGUUCGCGUUUGCCAUUCUCGAGUUGAUUCUCGGUGCGUUAAAUGCCCCUAUGUGCUUGUGUCUUUUUUUCUUCUUCUUCUUUCUUUCUGUAUAUAGAGUGAUUUCAGGUUGUAAAUAGCGCGUCAGCGAACUUGUCUAAAUCAUAUAUUUUUGUCUAAUAAACUAAAUGAAAUGA